AUGGACGUAAACGAGGCAUUUCAAUAUGUGAGAGUUGUCAAUAAGAUGAUGAAAUUGAUGAACAUAGACAAAAAGGGAGAUGCAGCAGCCACCAAUUGGGGGACUAAAAAUGCUACAAAGUGGAUCGAACAAGCAAAACAGAGAGAAGAAGAAGGGUGGAUUAGUUACCUUAGCGGAUUAGCUGUUGCAUUUAGGCAGGAAAGCUACUCAGAUAUUCAAGUCAAGCCUGGCAAUGGACCUGCUAUACCUGCACACCGAUUUUUGUUGGCAGCCUCAUCUGAAGCUUCCAAAACCAUGCUAGCAUCAGAUCUGUGCAAAUCUGCACCGAUUGACUCUGUAUCUCUCCUGAAUUCAAGCAUGAUGAGCUUGAGACAUUCUUGGAGUUUCUUUACUGUGGGAAAUUGUCCAAGGAAAGUUUUAGAAGCAUUUUUACUCCCUCCUACUUGCAGCUGA